CGCUUUAGGAUGAUCACUAGAGUGAAAAUUUGACUUGUUUAAAUUAUGUAGUCAGCUACACUCUUCUUGGAGAGGCUAUUUGAACUUCUGCUUGUCGAUGGCGUUCUCUGAAGGUGAUUUUGAGAAAGGGAAGAAGCUCUUCGUUCAAAGAUGUGGACAGUGUCACACCGUUGAGAAAGGUGGUCCACACAAAGUAGGACCCAAUCUAAAUGGUUUGUUUGGACGUAAAACUGGUCAAGCUCCUGGGUUUACCUACACGGCUGCCAACAUUAGUAAAGGCAUCAUAUGGAAUGAGCAGACUCUAUUUGAAUAUUUGGAGAAUCCAAAAAAGUAUAUCCCUGGUACAAAAAUGGUGUUUGCUGGUUUAAAGAAGGAAGCUGAUCGCAAUGAUAUUAUUUCCUACCUUAAAGAAGCAACAAAAUAAGAAUAUUCUAGAUAUCUGACUCCUAGAUUUAACUUCGUUGUAGCGGUUCUUUAAUUAACUAAAUGUGUAUAGAAACAUAAAACCUGAGCUUCCAAGUGAACACUCUCAACGUCACUUUAGCGUCGCUCAAAGGUCGUCCAUAAAUUAUAGUCUCACCGCACUAUCAAUUCAAUAUGUAAUCAUGUAUAAAUAUUACGAGUUAUGGUAAUCAUCUUACUUGCUACAAGUGGUUAGCUUUUCUAAAUCAAAAUUUGCGUCAAUCUCAACCACAGUGUAUUGUAUUGUUUUUCACUUACAUUACCAUUUAACUGUCUUAUUUUUGAACUCUUCUCUCAACUUUAUGUUUAACCAC